GUUGUGCCCGCUGUGUUGGCACACACUCACGACGCCAUGGCGACCCUGGCAAAGCCGCAGCGCGCAAUCCAGCCGCUCCUUCAGGGCGCCCGAGGCUACCGGAAGCACCUCGGGCAGUACGGAGCAGGCGGCAGAAGCUCCGUGAAUGACAAGACCGUCGCGGUGUUCGGCGCGACGGGCUUCCUGGGACGUUUUGUGACGAACCAGCUGGGGAGGACGGGUACACGUUGCUUCAUCCCCAACCGCGGUUGCGAGAUGGACGUACGCCGGACUAAGGUUCAGUUCGACCUAGGUCAGGUGGUCUUCCCCUUCUACAGCUCUUCCGAUGAGCAGAGCAUGCGCGACGCCAUCGGGAACGCUGACACGGUGGUUAACCUCAUCGGCAAGCACUACGAGACCAAGCACCUGUGCUUCACGCGCAAGGAAGACGGCGCGAUCAACAGGGUUAACAGCAGCUUCAAGAAUGUGAACGUGGACGUGGCGGGCAUGCUCGCAAGGGCCGCCAAGGCGCAGGGGGUGAAGAACUUCGUGCACGUCAGCGCGUUGGCAGCGGACCCUGACUCGCCCUCGCGCUGGGCGCAGACCAAGUUCGCGGGGGAGUUGGCGGUGAAGGAGGCUUUCCCAGAGGCUACCAUCGUCCGACCGGCCAAGCUGUUCGGCAACAACGACCGCCUCCUCACUUGGAUCGCUCUCAUGGCCACUAGGAUGGGCCGCGUGCCGUUGGUCAACGACGGGGACAACCUGAUCCAGCCCAUCGACGCUCGUAACGUGGCACAGGUGCUGAUGGCGAUCAUCGAUAACCCGGAAAACCUGGACUACCGUGGCAAGCUGGUAGAGCUGGCCGGCCCGGGAGAGUUCUCGUGGCGGGAGGUGGCGGACCUGGUCCUCGACACGACGCACCGGGCGCGGGUGACGGACGUGGAGGAAAUGAGCAUGUUGUUCGCCAGGGGAUACGGGAUGCUACUAGAACAGCUCCCGAACCCCUUGUUCACGGAGGAUGAGGCCCUUGCGAUGAGCGUGGACGUCGUGCAGAAGCCCAACCCUGAUGCUCUGACGCUCGAGGACUUCAACAUCACGGACCCCUUCAAGAUGGAGGAGUGCGCCAUUUCGAUCGUGCGCCGAUUCCGCACGGUGCAGCACUUCGGAUUCGUCAAGGGAUACCACUGAUCUGACGGCUAGCUGUUGAUGAUGCCACGAGCGUGGCUGUGGGAUUUUCUGAUAGUUUUCUCCGCUCGAGCCCCGUCAUGCUUGCCGUGUCGUUUGAUUUUUUGUUGUCUGGAACAUAGGCGGCAGGGUAGAGUCGAUGGGCUGUUAGAGUGGUUUUAUUUGGUAGUCUUUUACUGGAAAAUUCCCCCGCAGAAGCGGGCCGGGUCGGCAAGCAAGACUUGGGGAAAAGGAAGAGGUAUCUCGCUUCUACCUGCACCUCGCUCAUCGUGUUGCUUUCUUUGUGGAUGGCGGUCUUGUACUGUGUGACGGACUGCUGUGCGCUCGAUCGGAGUGGGUGAUGGCGGUCAGGGAGUCUUGCCUGCUGCUUGCUUUAAGAUUCAAGGCGUUUGACCGCUGACGACAAGUGCAUCCCUUUCGAGGCGGGGGUGUUGGGGUGGCAGGGGGUGUCGUGAUGUAGACAUCGAAGGCGGCUCGGCAUGCAUGGACACAGAAAGCAUGGAAAACACGAUGAUAAUAGCAGAGCCUGCGAAUGAGACUGUCUCCGUAUGUGUGUUGCUUUGGCCUGUUUGGGUCCGAGAAACAUCCGAUUGCUUGGGAGUUGAUCUGGGGAAUAAACGGGUGCGAACGAGCGGCAACACCUGCCUCUUGUGGAGACUCACAUCCAGAAACAGAACUGCGUGCCGUAGGGACCAAAAAUGAUAUUUUUUCCUUUACGUGCGCAACGGAAAAGGGUCUGAUU